AGCGGAGUAGUCACGCUCGACGAGCCGGAGGCUCAGGCUCGAGUGUUGCACACUGGCAGUGCCCAGUCUCCGGGUUAACGCGGAUUUAAACACUCGCUGCCUCCAGCUAUGAUCGAAUCGGAAAGAGAAAAUCUAACGCGUAACCGAUGAUCGAUGGCGAGUGGCGCGAGUACAUUCGCGAGGCGUGAUUGAUUUCGAAUUAGCGACGAACUGUCUCCGUCCGUUUGUGUAACUCCAAUUAAAUUAAUUAAAUGAAUGUUAUUUAUUUCUAGCCGUCGUAGGCGCGUCGUAAAAAUAUAAUAUAGUUAGUUAUAAUAAAUGUGGAGAAAAAAAAUGAAAGAUUUGUGUCGCGCGGAAUUGUUUGGCUUUGACGCGAGUGUGUGAGAGAGAGGUUUUCGGUUUGACGUGCUAAACUGAGCGCUAGAAAUCAUAGAAAACAAAACGCUGUUUGGUGUAGGAAAAAAUAAAGAAAUAAACAGUGAUAAACAUGUUCGAACGAAGACAAAACGCAUGAGAAGAAGGAAACGUGAGGAUUUGUGAUUUAGGAAGAAACGAAAACGGGAAGCGUCGUUCGCGAAGAAGAAAGAAUUUCUUUUCACACACACUUUGACUUAUCUGGAACGUAUAAUUGAAAUUUCUCAGACAGACCGAAAUGGCAGGGGCCAUUCCGCUUUUCGGCAACCUCUCUUCGGACGCUGUGACCAGACUCGCGAUAGAACGCGGCGAUCGCUGCAAGGAAGGCCGUAGAGGGAUGUGGCACUUGAUUUUCUUGCUAAUCGGCAGCGCGAUGGCCGGCGAAUCCGGACCGGAGUCGUCACCGGAGUUCUCUGAUACAACGAUCAAAAUCGAGGCGCCGCUGCCUUACGAGGAAGCGUUCCCGACUCCGCUUCCCGGUCUGCUGUAUCCCAGAGAAAGUGAAUCCCGAGAGGUAAGAUCGCUCGAUGGAUUGUGGGAUUUUGUCGUGUCACCUGAGGGAGAUGCGUUAAAGGGUUACACGGAGGCAUGGUUCAACGAUGACUUAUCGAAGGUCGACGAGACAAUAAAGAUGCCUGUACCCUCGUCCUACAAUGACAUUACGACAUCGCAACACCUCAGGGAUCACGUCGGUGCUGUGUGGUAUCAGAGAUCUUUCUUUGUACCCAAUUCUUGGCGGGACCAGCGCAUUUUUGUCAGAUUUGGCUCAGUCCACUACCUUGCACAAGUGUGGGUGAACAACGCUUUAGUGACCAAUCAUGAAAUGGGCCACCUGCCCUUUGAAGCAGAGAUCUCGUCGUACCUGAUUGUCGGCAAGAACCGCAUUACCGUUGCCGUCGACAAUACUCUGCUGCAGACUAGCGUGCCCCAGGGCAAGAUCGUGGAAGUGAUCACCGACAACGGUACCAAGCACUUGCAGACCUAUACCUUCGAUUUCUUCAACUAUGCCGGUAUACACAGGCCCGUUAUGCUGUACACCACACCGCGCGUCUACAUCGAGGACAUCACAGUGAGGACGAGUCUGGUAGGCGAUAUGGGAAUCGUCAAAUACAUAAUACAGCCGGCUGGUUUGCGCGAAGGGGAGAUACCUGUCUGCAGAGUCACAUUACACGACGCCGAGCACACCUUAGCCAUCAAAGAGCCUGUUUACGGUCUGUCCGGCACUCUGAAGGUCCCACUCGCCAGACUCUGGUGGCCCAGAGGCAUGGAUCCCAAGCCGGGAUAUCUAUACACUUUGGAAGUGGGAUUAUCGGUGGCGAACGACACCAAACCGGACAUCUAUCGAUUACCAAUUGGCAUAAGGACACUCACGUGGACCAACACGAGUCUCCUGUUGAAUGAUCGACCGGUGUACAUGCGUGGUUUCGGUAGACACGAGGACUCGGUUAUCAGAGGCCGAGGUUUUGACCUCGUCACCGCUGUCAGAGAUCACGAGUUGCUUCAGUGGGUUGGCGCUAAUGCCUACAGGACUAGCCAUUAUCCUUACAGCGAUGAGGUCCUUGAUAUAGCUGACAGAUUGGGUUUUCUCGUCAUCGACGAGUGUCCUUCCGUUGAUACGGAGAAUUAUUCGCCGUCGUUACUCUCGCGUCACAAGGACUCGCUGUCGGAACUCAUCCGUAGAGAUAAGAAUCGACCCUCCGUAAUUAUGUGGUCCUUGGCCAAUGAACCAAGAACCCAGCUACCCCAGGCUGAAGAAUACUUCAAGCAGAUUGCUCAUCACACCAAAGCUAUCGAUUCCACCAGGCCGGUCACCAUUGCUAUGGCUCGUGGAGUUCAAGAGGACAAAGCUGGUCAGUUUCUCGACGUGAUCAGUUUUAAUCGGUACAAUGCCUGGUAUAGCAAUCCUGGCAGAUUGGAUAUGAUCACUGACAGGGUUCAAGAGGAAGCCGAGGCUUGGCAUAGAAAAUAUAACAAGCCGGUACUUAUGUCCGAGUAUGGGGCUGAUACUAUGCCUGGUCUACACGAGCUACCGGAAUACGUAUGGAGCGAGGAGUAUCAGAAGGAAUUAUUUUCCAGACACUUUGAAGCCUUCGAUCGAUUGCGACACGAGGGCUUCUUUAUUGGCGAAUUUAUCUGGAACUUUGCCGAUUUCCGCACUGCGCAAACAUUUAUUAGAGUAGGUGGCAAUAAGAAGGGAAUAUUUACAAGAGACAGACAGCCGAAAAUGGCAGCCCAUCAUGUUAGAAGAAGAUAUCAUGCCCUUGCUAUCGAACUGGACGGCGCGCAGACACCGGAAGACGUCGAAGAUUAUAUUUCAUCACAUUAUUCUCAACACUUAGAACUCUGACUGAAUUUUGAAAAAAGGAAAAAAGAAAAAUUGGUGUUCGAGGAUUGUUUCGCCAAAUCUUAAUUUUUUACAAAAUUGCCUUUUAUUUGUUUUGUACAUCAAUACAUAAAGAUCGCACCAGUAACUUAAUAUAGGAUUAUUCACCUAAUGUACGUAUAUUACAUCACAAAAUCAUUUGUGUCCACGAGGAAAAUGUAAAACCAUCAUUUAUUCAUCUAAAAAUCAUUCAUGUUUAUUCGUAUGAAAAAAAAAAUUAUAUUAUGUUUAUAUCAUCUUUACAUCCAUCUGAAAUAAAUUUUUAUAUUCCGCGUA